GUUCUGCUCUGUUCUGUUUCUGGUCAUUUGUGUUGGAACAUCGAAACUGUCGUGCUCACGGGAAACUGCUGUGUGUUUUCGCUGUUGUCAUGAACUCCAACCUGACGAGGGUCCAGCAGAGGGCGCUGUGCCGGGAGCUGGGAGGAGGAGUGAAGCUGAAGCUGCUCUUUAAAGCUUCCAUCCACGGCUUCACUGGAGCAGCGUUUCAUCAGCGCUGUGACGGCCGAGGCCCCUCCAUCUCUGUGGGAUACAACAGCUCCGGAUACGUGUUCGGAGGAUACACCAACGUCUCCUUCACUCAGGCCGGGAAUUAUGUCAACGAUCCAAAGGCCUUUCUGUUUACCUUUAAAGGAGACGCUCUGCUCAAAUAUCCCACCACCAACAGUGGCUAUGCCGUCAAAAUGAUCAAUAACACAGGCCCAUACUUUGCAGAAAGUUUGAUUCUCAUGAAUGGAGGCGCAAAUGUUGUUUACACUAAUUCAGGAAAAUACUACACGGCCAUCUCUCCUGCAGAAAUGCACGGCAACGACCUGCAGCUGAUCGAGUGUGAGGUUUACCAGGUGGAAGAGAACGUGGAGCUGGAGAAGCCCUGGAGGCCCAUGGUUUGGCUUUCAGAGAGGAGGCGGGAGCUCAUGGACACUGUCUCCUCGUACAAGCCUCUCUGCAGCUCUGUGUCCAAGGUGAGGGUGCUGCUCAUGGGACCCGUGGGUGCCGGAAAGUCCAGCUUCUUCAACUCCAUCAACUCUGUGUUCAGAGGUCAUGUGACCAUCCAGGCCAUGGCAGGAUCCAGCGCCACCAGCCUCACCACACAGUUCCGCACAUACUCGGUGAAAGCCGGACGUGAAGGAAAGCCGCUGCCAAUCAUCCUGUGUGACACCAUGGGAUUGGAGGACAGCACGGGGGCGGGGCUUGAUAUCGAGGACAUCACCAGCAUCCUCAAAGGCCACAUGCCGAACUGUUACCAGUUCAAUGCCUCUGCUCCUCUUCACUCUGAGACUCAUGGAUAUCGUUCGUCUCCUGAGCUCAAAGACAAGAUUCAUUGUUUGGUCUUUGUCCUGGAUGGAUGUAAGAUCUCCAUCAUGCCUGACAAACUGGAGGCCAAACUCGCCGCUGUGCGUCGCAAAGCCAACCUGCUGGGCAUCCCUCAGCUGGCCCUGGUCACCAAAGUGGACGAGGCCUGUCCCAUAGUGAAGGAGGAUCUGACCAGCGUCUACAAGAGCCCAUAUAUCAAGGACCUGUUGCAGGAGGCCAGUGCUCGUCUGGGUCUGCCUCUGUCCUGUGUUCUCCCUCUGAAGAACUACAGUGAGGAGCUGGAGCUGGAGCUUCCUGUGGACAUCCUGGUACUUUCAGCUCUGCAGCAGAUUCUGCGAUUCGCCGAUAAUUACUUCGACGAACUCAGUGAUCGCCUCAGCAACUCCGAGGUCAAGUAAUCACCUCGUACCAAAACGUGGACUUAAACUGUUAUGGCCUUUUGCAUGUUUGAUUCCGUUUGUAUUUUCUUUAGAUUAUAUUUGCAGUUUUCUGGACAAAAAUUGAAAAAGAGUUUGUGCUGAUGCUAUUUCCAGUAGUUGGUGACAUCACACACGACUGCCCUGAUUACAGCCAAGUGUGUCCUCCCCCUCACUCUCCUUUAGUCCUCCAGGUACUGCCCAGUUUAGCUGCUUUCACUUUACUGGAAUUUAACUUGAAAUAGAGAUUCAUUAAAGCUACAUUGUGUCACUUUUCUGGUGAAGAGUCCGUCAAACCCUGUCCUCCUUUUAGAUGUUCUUUGCUUUGUCUGGAAUGUUUUGCAGUAUGACACUAAACCUUUCUGUGUUCAUGGAGACCAAACCAGAUGGAGUUACGGGUCAGAUCUGUGGAGAGGCGACCCCGCUCAGUCACAAUGUCUGUUUUUCUAGGUAUUUCUGAACAGUAAUUGAAUAAUAAAUGUAGGAUAGAGCUGUUUAAUGUCAUACUGUGGGACAUUCCAGGCCGAGCAACGACAAAUCCAUAGAAACAAGCACCAGAAAAGUUACACAAUGCACCUUUAGUGAUCAGCUCAUGGGGUACAUACAGUCUUAUGAAGCUACAGGGUAAAAGCACAAAGUUUAGAGCCGAGUUCAGCAAUACUUCAGAAACACUUUUCAUUCCGCACUCUUCUCUCCAAUUUAUGUCUCUCUUUUUCAGUUUUAAUCUUCAUGAUUAUUUAUGUUUUGAUUUGUUUUUAUUAUGAUUUUAAUGUAUUUCUUAUUCUGUAAAGCACUUUGAAUUACUUUGUGUACGAAUUGUGCUAUACAAAUAAACUUGCCUUGCCUUGCCUUCUUAAUAUUAUUCAAUUAAAUAA